AUAUUAAGUAAAUGUUUUGCUGAAAACCAGCCAUUACUUUAUUUUAAUUGUUUGGCCUCUUUUGUAAACGGAAGUGUAUUUAAAUACUCCCCUUAAAAAGAUCAAAAUCAAUUCAAAAUGUCUUACUGACGGAAGGUUAAUGCAUUAUGCAUUCGAUCGAUUGUGGAGGUACUUUAGGAUGACAUGGAGGUUUCCCGUCCAAAAGAGUUUUUACAUAGCACCUACAUUCGUAGUACGGAAGAAGAUGAAGAACGUUCUUGGAUAACUGGAAUGACUCUCGUUAAUCCCUGCAAGCUAAUCCUGGCUGACAGCAGAAACUUCUCUGUUAAGUUAGUUGAUGUUAACAGUUAUUGCAUCGUCGACCAGUUACAACUAAGCAAUUAUCCUCUCGAUGUCACAGCAGUUACUGUACUAGAAUGUGCUGUAACAGUUCCGGUUCAAAGAACGAUUCAGUUUAUAAACGUUGAUGAAGACACACUUUCAUUGACCAGAGAGUUAGAAGUAGAUGGUGACUGUCGUGGCAUCAGCUGUUAUGGGGAAAAUCUGGUAGUGGCUUAUAGCUGUCCUUCAAAAGUCCAAAUCAUGGACUUGAACGGAAAAAUAUUAAACACAGUCAUAGGCCCAAUGGACGGUCUCAUUUUCAGUGAACCAUACUAUGUUAUCGCAAACAAAAAUUGUAUUUUUGUAUCUGAUCAAGGCAGGCGAGCAGUUAUAGCGUUGGACUGGUUCGGUGAAGUGAUACAUAGCUACAAAUGUGAAGGAUGUCCACAUGGUCUCACUAUGUUAGAAAACGGAUUUAUGUUUGUGAGCGGCCUAAACAUAUACACGUGUAACCGCGGAAAUGUAGUUGACACUGCUUUGAAUGACCUGAAUUUUCCCUGUGCAGUUUGUUGGUGUAAUGCAAACAGAAAACUGUUUGUAAGUUACCAUAAAGGUGAUGAGCAUUAUGACGAUUAUGUGCAAGUAUUUGAAAAACAAACAUAAUUUGCACAGAUAGUUCCAUUAUACAAAGAAAAAGUGUACAUUUUAGUUCCGAACCAUAUCUAAAAACUUUAUGUGAUACCGGUAAUAUUUUGACUUUGUAUGACAAAUGUGGUAGCUACGUGCAUAAUAUAGUCAAAAUGUGCAGCUGAACAAUUCCAUUAAACUGGAAAGUUUCCAUGUGGUCUCAACUUUGUUUAGGUGACUUUAUAAUAAAAAUACAACAAAAAAGUCGGCCAUUUUAUCUUUGACCUAUCAUCUACAAGAUAUAAGUUGUACGCAUUAAUACAAGUUAAGAUAAAGUAUGAACAUAACAACAUAAAUCUUUACAAUAAAAUCGUACUAGACUAGUGUUUUCCACCAAGAA